CUGGUUGUCGCAGCUUCGCCGGUGGUUCCUCCGCUCACUUGCUUGAGGUUCACCUCCCUGGAACCGCUUUGGGUUCUCUUUCUAUUUUGUUUGCUUGCUCUGUUAACACAGCAGAACUGGGUAGUCUAUUUGUUUUCAGGAUUAUCAUCAUCCUCACCAUCGCUUGCGCUUGACCCAUUGGUCUUGUGUUCACGCUUCCGGUUGGUGCUUGUCCUCUUUGCCGAGGGGCCCAUCGUUGCGGCGACGGUCCUAGAUGAACAAAUGAGGAGCUUUUGAUUCAAUUCCACCCUGGCAGCGCUACUUCAUAUCGAGGACCAAGAUGCGUUGCAACCUCGUAGCGCUGGCUGCCGUGGCCGGCGCAUCGACGCUCACUCCCAAUGUCCUGCCCCUGCUCGUUCGAAACCCGUACUUGAGCACUUGGCUAUACAAUGCUCGCGAUGUGCCGUGGGAGAACUGGCCUAUGUUCUGGACUGGAGCUCAUGUCGGCUUCUCCGUCAUGGCGUCCGUCCCCGAGACCGGGACCGUCUAUCCCCUCCUCGGGAGACCCCACGACUCCCUCGAGCGCAACCACGAGGCCUAUGAAAUCGCGCACCCGGAGUAUCUGGGCGCAAGCUUCGAUGCGUCAACAACCAACCUGACGUAUCGCAUUUCCGGAUCCUCGCCAAGCAGGUCCGCACGCUUGACGCUCUCGUUCCUGUCCCCGAUCACGCCUUCGUCAACCUUCAGGCAGUCCAUUCCCGCUGCGUACCUGACGGUCAUCGUCGAAGGGUGCCUGGACGUCAGCAUCUACACCGACGUCAACGGCGAGUGGGUCACGGGGAACAGGGACAACCGGGUCAAGUGGGAUCUGCACGAGCCUGCGCGCUCUGGGAGCGGCUCUGGCACGGCCCUCAAGACGUGGAAGGUCGCUCGCGCCGAGGAACAACUUUUCACCGAGUUCGCUGACCGUGCGGAAUGGGGAACUCUGUACUUCUCGGGCCCCGCGAGUGUCCAGCACCAGAGCGGGACGUCUGCCCUGCUGCGGCAGCACUUCGCUGAGCACGGCGGUCUGAAGAACGAAGUCGAAAGAAGGUUCCGCCGGGUGAUGGAAGACGAGCCGGUAUUUGCUUUUUCAAGGUCAUUCAAACACGGCGGGAAGCAGCUGGGUGGCUGCCAGAAGAAGGAGGAGAGCGUCACGUUCACGUUUGCCUUGGUCCAAGACUAUGUAGCCCAGUUCGCCAGGGCGGAGGGCUUGGCUCACAUGAAGCCGCUGUGGCAAUCGUACAUCUCCACUGCUGACGAGCUGAUCGUCUACCAUUAUGACGAUUUCCACACCGCAGCAGCCCUGGCCAGAAACUACUCGGAUUCGCUUGGGCAGGAUGCGUUCAACUCUGGCUCUCAGAACUACCAAGACAUAGCUGCGCUCUCGGCCCGCCAGGUCCUGGGCGCAACGCAGUUCUCGGGGACUCCGGAGAACCCCUUGCUUUUCCUGAAGGAGAUCUCUUCGGACGGGAAUUUCCAAACGGUGGACGUCAUCUUCCCGGCAUUCCCCUUCUUCCUCUACACCAACCCGAAAUGGCUGGCGUAUUUGCUGGAGCCGCUCCUCGAACACCAGCUGAGUGGCCAGUACCCGAACGACUACAGCAUGCACGACCUCGGGACCCACUUCCCGAACGCGACGGGCCAUGCGGACGGACGGGACGAGUACAUGCCGGUCGAGGAGUGCGGGAACAUGCUCAUCAUGGGGCUCGCCCUGGCCAACGCGUUGCGCUACGACACGGACCCUGCGUUCGUACGGACUGCCGCGGGCGAGGGCGCCAGGACGCUCCCCGCCUCGAUGCGUCGGAACAACAAGCACAUCGACAGGUACGGCAUAGACCUGCGCUCGGCCGGCGACGAGCGAUCCACCAGAAGCGGCUCGAGAGCCGCCAAGAAGUGGCUCUCGCGCUCCUACAAGCUGUGGAAGCAGUGGACGGGCUACCUGGAACGCGAGUCCCUGAUCCCGCACAACCAGCUGAGCACGGACGACUUCGCCGGCUGGCUGGCCAACCAGACCAACCUCGCGUUGAAGGGCAUCAUCGGCAUCCGCGCGAUGGGCGAGAUCGCGGCGCUCGUCGGCGAGGAGGCCGAUGCCCGCCACUACCGCGCCGUCGCGGCCGACUACAUCGCCAAGUGGCAGGAGUACGCCAUCUCGCGGGACGGGACGCACGCCAAGCUCGCGUAUACCUGGUACGGGUCGUGGACGACCAUCUACAACCUCUACGCCGACUCGCUGCUGUGUUUCCGCGUCAAGGAUCGCGGUGCGGGGUCAGGCAUCGCUUCGACGCCUCAGAAGGGCGGCCAGAAGCCGAUCGGCGGCGGCGGCGGCGAGACGUUUGUCCCGGACAGGGUGUACCAGAUGCAGAGCGACUGGUACCACGCGGUGAUGCAGAAGUAUGGUCUGCCACUGGACUCGAGGCACCUCUAUACCAAGAGCGACUGGGAAUUCUUUGCCGCGGCCGUGACGGGCCAGGAGACGAGGACGGAGAUCCUGACGGCGGUGGCGCGGUGGGUGAAUGAGACCGUUGUUGAUCGGCCGUUUACCGACUUGUACGAGACCGAAGGCGAUGGAGGGUUCCCGGGCAUCUACUUCAUGGCCAGGCCGGUCGUAGGCGGGCAUUUUGCGUUCCUGGCGCUGGAAAGGGCGUGCGGCGGGAAGGCGGUGGAAGCGCUGCGGUUCCUGGACGAGAGACCGCCUGCGCAGAUCAACAGCGAGGAGACGCUGCGGGAGGAUUGGAGGCAUGGAGCGUCCGGUGCGUGGGGGGACCUCUAGGAGGGUGCCGGAUGCAACAUCUGCAGGUGAACAACGCAGUCAAAGAUUGUGUAGCAAGCACCGUUCAGUAGUUCGGAUAGGGAAUCAGCCAUAUAACAUCUUCCUGAGAGCCCGCACACCAUCUUCUCGUUGCUGCGGGCGGGCGGCGAGUUUGAGGAUCCCACCUCUGGUGGCGCUGCAGCCUUGCUU